AUGUCCUACCCGGGCACCCCCAGCGGCACCCCCUUUCGCGGCCAGCCCAGCCAGAUGGCAGCCCACCCUGCCUACGCCGCCCAGAUGCAGGUGCAGAUGCAGAUGCAGCACCAGCACCAGCACCAGCACCAGCACCACAGGCAGCCGCACCCCAUCCAAGCACCACCAGCACCACCAGCAGCACCCUCACAACACCACCCGCAACAACAACUCCCACCGCAACACUUCACCCCCCACCACAGCAUCCCCGCCCAACCUCACCCUCCGCAUCCAUCCUCCUUCCCCAGCACCCCGGCCCAAAACCGCCCCAUUCACCCCUUGCCACAGCACAACCGCCUCCAGCACCUCCAGCACCCUCAGCAGCACGCCCCUCGCUCCCCCGCAUCCGCUUCGCCCGCCGCCGCCGCAAGCCCGCUCCCCGCCCGUCCCUCCCAUCCCAUGCCCUCGGCCUCGACUCCCCUGACCUCGGCGCCCCCGAGGCACAGCCGCACCCACCGCGCCGCCGACGCUCCCCCAGAUGCGCGCAAGCGGCCGCGCAAGAUCAUCGGCGACGGCUACGAGGCACCCUACCUCGAGCACGCCCCUACAAACCGCCUCCUCCUCUCGCUCAAGUCGGGCCUCAACACCCAGAUCGACUGGGCCCUCUCCCGCCUCGCCGCAAAUUCGCUGUCCAAGCACCACGUACUCCCCUUUGAAAAGGUCAGCGGCCUCGCAGACGCCCUCCUCGCCUACCCGCGCAGGCUCUGCGCUGCCAUCAACGCCGAACCCACCGAGGCGUGGGACGGCCCCGACUUCGAGCAGCCACCGGGAGUCGACGACGUCGGCAUCGGCGCAGGCAGCGACGGCGACCAUCAGGCCGGCGCCACCUGGUUCGUCGGCGGUCGCGGCAUCCCGCACCAGCCCUCGCUCGCCCAGUCGAGCAGCGUGCGCAGGAGGCUGCUCCUCAUGCCCUCGUCGAUCCAUCGCCGCCGUGCCCGCAUCGGCGCCUUGAUCACAUCCACCGCCGCCGCCGACGACGCAGACACCGACGACGACGACGACGAGGAAGAACUCGAGGCGUACCGCGACUUUAGCUUCGACCCGGCCCGCAUCCCGGCCCACGCCGCCCUCAUGCGCCGCGCCCUCGAGGCGGCCCUCAUCCUGCGCAACAUGACCAUGCACUCGGCCAACGCGCGCCACCUCGUCUCGAUCCGCGGCGUCCAGUCCCUCAUCCGCGACGUGCUUGCCCUGCCCUCGAUGGUCCUGGUCCGCGACGCCGACGCCGACGGACGGCCCCGCGCCGAGAGCGAAGAGUGGCUCGAGCUCGAAGGCGUGACCGAGCUGCGGCUUCACUUCCUCGAUAUUCUCGAGGGCAUUGCUCCCAGGCUGCACCUCAGCCAGCGCGCCCAGUUCUCCAUCGCAGCGCCCGGCCUCGCCGGCUGCAAGACGGCCAGCAGCAGCGACGCCGAUGACGACCUGCAGCACCUCCCGCACCGCCGCGAGGUCCCGAUCCUGCCCAUCCCCAACCUCGCGGGCAAUCUGCGCGCCGCCGAUGAGAUCUUCCUGCAGCUGCUCGACAUGGCCCACAACUCGGCCGACCGCGCCUUUCUGCUCGGAUCGCUGCGCUGCCUCUCGGCCAUGUCGGCUUCGGAGAGGAACGAGUCGGCCUUUGUCGAGGCCGAGCUGCCCGGUGGACGCCAGUCGCCCGGGCUGCUGACGCGCUGCAUCGAGCUGCUGCCGCUGACGCAGGACCCCGAGCUGAUCGAGGCGGCCCUCGACCUCGUCUACCAGCUGGUCUGCAUCGGCAACAAUGGCCUGCGCCUGGCCGCACGCAUGCCCCCGACGCCGUCGCCGGCCUCGGUCACCAAAGCGGCCACCUCUGCCGCCGUCGCAUCCCUGCCACCAGCGGCCAAGGCGCUCGCCGCUGCGUCUGCCUCGGCCCGCAGCUUUGCCCGCACGUUUGCCACGGUCCGGCUGCUGGUGCGCAACCUGACCGUCGGCAAGACGAUCUGGGAGCGCGACCACCGCCUUUCGCUCAACCGCGAGUGGUCGUUUGCGGUACCCGGCCGGUCCAGGGAGGCGGCCCGCAAGGACAGGGAGGCCCGGCUGCGCCGCCAGAACGAGACGGCCGAGGACCGCGCCAAGCAGAAGCGGCUGACGCGCAAGGAAAAGCAGGCCCUCGUCGCGCUCAACGAGCCCGAACGCGGCGUCGAAUGGAUGAAGAUCGUCUUCAGCGGCAACAUGGAAAAGGAGGUGACGCAGAUGGAAUUCUGGACAGCGUACAAGGACGAGUUCUUUGCGCUGGCGCAAGCCAACCUGGCCGCCCCGCUGCAGCCGGCCGCCGACCUGAUCCGGGCCGUGUCGCACGUGUUUCCCGGCGCGGCGGCCAUGGUGGUCCCCGCCACGGCGCCUGGCACCCAGCCGCGCUUCGUCAUCCGCGGCAUCGAGGUGCGCGAGCGCGACCUGUCGGAGCCGUUCCAGUGCGGCUGGCGCAGCUGCCCGGCCAAGGCGACGCGCUCGGCCGAAGCGCAGCGCGAGCACGCCGAGACCCACGUCCGCUUCUCGCGCGACGGCGAGUGCCAGUGGCUCAGCUGCGACUUUGCCGUCGCCGCCGACGACGGCGACGACGCCAGGCGGCAGCAGCUCCGUGCGCAUGUGCUGACGCACCUGCCAGACCUGGCAACCAAGGCGGCUGCCUCGGGCGAGGCGAAGAAGGCCGCCGCCGCCGCCGCCGCCACGGUCGUCGAGGCUGCGCGCCAGCACUCGGGCGAGCCGGCCGAGUUUGAGCGCAAGACGCUGCCCAACGGCUCGCGCUACAUCAAGGCCAAGCGCGAGGCUAGCAGCGACGCGGCGCCGCUGCCGCUGCCCGAUGCCGGGGGGCGCUGGCCUCACAGCGGCGGUCGUGGCCAAGGGCGCGGCGACGCCGGCGUCGGGCACGGUCGACAACCCCGGCGUGCUGACGUUUGA